AGCGUCCGCAUUGUGACUGUUGACCUGUUUCUGAUUCAUACCUCCACCGACUCACACUCCUCCCGGCGCUCCUCAUAUACUGCUCAGUCACACCCACGGGACUGUUGCAUGACCGCCGUCACCAUGUUGUCUUCACGAGCGGCCUCCGCGGCCAAGAUCGCUUGCCAGACCCGGCAUUUCUCUUCCACACCCACCGCCGCCGCCAUCUCGCCGUACCGAAAACACACGCCACAGACCGUGAAGGAGAAUGCGAGACGCAAUGUCUCCGCCACCGCAAAGAGCAAUGCGCAAGCAGCUGCACAGCCCGCACAAAGUCAGCAGAGAGCUGUUCCCAGCCCAGCAUUCAACCGCGAUGAGCCAAAGUCGCGAGAGCCACAACCUCUGCAGCCCUUCCGCCAGCCCGAGAUGGACCACAGCUUCGUGGGCAUGAAGGGAGGCGAGAUCUUCCACGAGAUGAUGCUCAGACAUGGCGUGAAGCACAUCUUUGGAUACCCCGGAGGCGCCAUUCUCCCCGUUUUCGACGCCAUCUACAACAGCUCACAUUUCGACUUCAUUCUGCCCAGACAUGAGCAAGGUGCAGGCCAUAUGGCAGAGGGCUACGCCCGGGCUUCCGGCAAGCCAGGUGUUGUUCUGGUGACUUCCGGCCCUGGCGCAACGAACACCGUAACUCCUAUGCAAGAUGCUCUCAUGGACGGCACUCCCAUGGUCGUGUUCUGUGGACAGGUGCCUACCUCUGCCAUUGGCUCAGACGCGUUCCAGGAAGCAGAUACUAUUGGUAUCUCAAGAGCAUGCACAAAGUGGAACGUGAUGGUGAAGAACAUUGCUGAGCUGCCACGGAGGAUCAACGAGGCUUUCGAAAUUGCUACUUCUGGCCGCCCUGGACCAGUUCUGGUUGAUCUUCCCAAGGACGUGACUGGUGGUACCUUGAACCGCCCCAUCCCAAUGAUGUCCACUCUGCCCACCCACCCAUCUGCAGCCACCAUCGCUGCCCGCGAGCUUUCGUUGAAGCAACUGGAUGGCAGCAUCAGACGGACUGCGGAUCUGAUCAACAUCGCGAAGAAGCCAGUCAUUUACGCCGGUCAGGGUGUUCUCGGUCAUCCGGAUGGCCCGAAGCUCCUCAAGGAGCUCUCGGAUAAGGUUCAAAUCCCAGUGACUACCACUUUGCAAGGCCUUGGCGCAUACGAUGAGCUUGACCCCAAGUCUCUGCACAUGCUCGGUAUGCACGGGUCCGCAUUUGCAAACAUGGCGAUGCAGGAGGCGGACCUCGUCAUUGCCCUGGGUGCACGUUUCGAUGAUCGUAUCACUGGACACGUUCCACGUUUCGCUCCUCAAGCUCGGAAAGCGGCCGAGGAGGGUCGUGGUGGCAUCGUUCAUUUCGACAUCAUGCCAAAGAACAUUAACAAGGUCGUGCAGGCUACUGAGGCUGUUGAGGGUGACGUCACUGCCAACCUCGCCCUCCUCCUCCCUCACGUCCACGAGAAGUCGGCAGAGUCCCGCAAGGAAUGGUUCGAUCAGAUUGACGCCUGGAAAGAGCGUUUCCCUUGGGCAUACGAGAAGGAGAGUGGCCCAGAUGGCGCUAUCAAGCCUCAGACUGUCAUCUCGGCACUUUCCGACCUUACUGCGCCUAAGAAGCAUGAAACCCUGAUUGCUACCGGCGUUGGUCAGCAUCAGAUGUGGACUGCGCAGCACUACAGGUGGCGACAACCUCGAUCUAUGAUUACCUCUGGUGGCCUGGGUACCAUGGGCUACGGUCUUCCAGCUGCUAUUGGCGCCAAGGUUGCCGCACCUGAGAAGCUCGUCGUUGACAUCGACGGUGAUGCAUCUUUCCUCAUGACUCAGACCGAGCUUGGAACUGCUUCGGAAUUCGGCAUCGGCGUGAAGGUCAUUGUCUUGAACAACGAGGAGCAAGGUAUGGUUACACAAUGGCAAUCGCUGUUCUACAACGACCGAUUCGCGCACACACAUCAGCGUAACCCAGACUUCGUCAAGCUUGCAGAGGCCAUGUACGUGCCAGCGCGAAGGACGACGAAGCUCGCCACUCUGAACGAGGAUCUCGAAUGGUUGUGCUACGGUUCCGGUGAAGGCCCAGCAUUCCUCGAAGUCAAGGUCGACCAGAAGGUCCCCGUACUCCCCAUGGUGCCCGGAGGAAGCGCUCUCCACGAGUUCUUGGUGUACGACGAGAAGAAGGAGAAGGAGAGGAGACAACGGACGAAAGAGCGAUCGGGACGCUGAUCUUCUUCUCAUCCGUCUCUGAGCAAUUCUGUGUGUUUCAAUGCAUGGUGUUUUGGCGCUUCUUUGGAAUUGUCCGCAUGUGGGGUGAGCGUUUGAAUUGUACAUAUACUACCUGAGUGGAAAGGCUCCUGACACUUUGCGAGCUGUCGGAAUGCGAGCUGAAAGCGUUCGCGAUAGGAGCUGGCUGGCAAAAAAGUUUCUACGGAGGAAAAGGAAGAAGAUAUUUUAUAUGUAUGGCGCAGCUUCGAUGAUUGAUUCUGUCGCUGAAAUGGAAUGUCUUGAGGUCUGGUC